AUGCCACGUCCAAGAGCAUCCAAGGAGAACAUCCAACUUUCAAUAGAUUUCGCUGCCGUCUUGACGACGGCAAAUGAAGGGAAAUGCCAUUGCAUUGCCAGGCACGGCAGCCUGAGCUUGUUCAAUAUCCUCAGUCGGUGCGUGCCGUCUGCGGUCAGGCACCCACAGAUGGCUGAGGAGAGCUGCACUUCUCGUAAGGCAAUCUCAGAGCCAGAGAUCCUCAAGGUUCUGGAAGCUUGCGGCAUGUUCAAGCGGUACAGGCAUAGGCGAGCGGGAAGGAUAGAAGAUGAUCCUGCAGGGGCCGGCAUGAGUCUAUUCCUCGGUCGACGUUGGAGAGACCCUUCGAUUCUUUCGGACAUGGUGGUGCUGCGGGAAGGGCAUGAUUGGCUGUGCAGCCUGUAUCCUUCCUACAAAGAGGAAUGCAGUUUCAACUCCCUCAUCACGACGCUCAAGGAGGUUAUCGAGAUGUGGACCCCCCGUAACCCCUUCCUGCAAGGCCGGAACAGGAUAUUCCACAGCCAGGACGAGAGCAAGGUCUCUGUCAAGCGCUCGCUCGUCGAUCCCCCUGCAUCGAUUCAAUUCGCGGUAUCACGAGCUGCUGAAUUUAACAACUUUGCUCCCCCACCAGCCAAGAAACCCAGGAGAAGGCAAUCGUCGGGGAAGAGAAGCUGCACGAGCAAGGCCGAAGAAGCUGUUCAGCCAGCAAGUGCAGUAGAGAUCAAGCCCAUGCUGGGCCAUGAAAGCUCCACGUCGCUCAAAGGUACAUUGUCGGCACAAGAGCAGACGAUCAGAACGGUUGAACCUUUAGAGCAACACAAGGAGGCUUCGCAACAUGGCAGUCAGAGAUCGGAGCUUUCAUCCUUCGUUGAAGAUCAGGACAAACCCUUGGAUCUCUUUGACGUUUUGGGAUACCAGGACUUCGAUCUGUCACCAGAUCUUCACUGUCAAACCAUGUUUGAUGUUCUUGCGCCGCCUUGA